UCUGAGCCAGGCCUUUCUUUCCCCUGCUCUCCCCCAUUCGACUCUUCUUCCUCGCUCAUUGGCUGCCCAGGUAAGUCCUACCCGACUGUUAGUGGUCAUUCCACAUUCGAGGUAAAGGACUUGGUUUUCCACAUGAUCAACCCCUUGGCCAACUCCUCAGAUAGACCAAAAUUUCCGUCAUCAUUCCAUGGACCCUCGAGGCAUCUUGAAGGCAUUUCCUAAAAGGAAGAAAAUUCAUGCCCAUCCCUCAUCAAGAGCCCCUGCGAAGAUUCCCAAGAGGGAAGAAGGAGAAGCAUCAGGAGCGUGGCUGAGCUCCGUGCAGGCCCAUGUUGUGCCUGCUGGCCUUGGGCGAGCCCGUGCAGAACUGUUUGAGAGGCAGAUUGUCCAGCAUGGUGGCCAAGUAUGCUCAGCCCAGUGCCCAGGAGUUACGCAUAUUGUGCUGGAUGACAGCAUGGACUGUGAGCGAGCCCUCCGCCUGCUGAGGCUGCCCCGACUGCCCCCAACCACUCAGCUGGUGAAGUCAGCCUGGCUGAGCUUGUGCCUGCAGGAGGGAAAGCUGGUGGAUACAGCAGGAUUCAGCAUCUCUGUCCCUGACAGGUUCCUGGACCACCCCCAGCUCAACCAGGCCAGCCAUGCCUCUCCUCCUCCUCACACAACAGCCCCUUCCACCCCAGCCCCUGUGCCCAGGCCUGUGUCUCUUCCACAGAGGGCAGAAGAAGCUCCCAGCACCCAAGCCCAGUCCAGCUCUGAUGACAAAACCACUGAUGGGGAGGAGGCCUUGGUUAGUGCAGCUGACCUGGAAGCCUUGAUCAGUGGCCACUACCGCAGCCCACCUGAGGGAGAAGGGGAGCCCAGCCUAGUCCACAAGGGCUUGGAUAAGUGGGUCUGUGCACAGCCUUCAAGCCAGAAAGCGACCAACCACAACCCCCACAUCACAGAGAAGCUGGAAGUGCUGGCCAAAGCAUACAGCGUGCAGGGAGACAAGUGGCGGGCCCUGGGCUAUGCCAAGGCCAUCAAUGCCCUCAAGAGCUUCCACAAGCCUGUCACCACCUACCAGGAGGCCUGCAGCAUCCCUGGGGUUGGGAAGCGGAUGGCCGAGAAGAUCAUGGAGAUCUUAGAGAGUGGGCACCUGCGGAAGCUGGACCACAUCAACGAGAGUGUGCCAGUCUUAGAACUCUUCUCCAACAUCUGGGGCGCUGGCACCAAGACUGCCCAGAUGUGGUAUCAGCAGGGCUUCCGGAGCUUAGAUGACAUUCGCCACAAGGCACCACUGACCACUCAGCAGACCAUUGGCUUGAAGCACUACGAUGACUUCCUGGAGCGCAUGCCCAGGGAGGAGGCUGCAGACAUUGAGCAGACAGUCCUGGAGUCAGCUCAGGCCUUGUGCCCUGGGCUGCUGUGUGUGGCGUGUGGCUCGUACCGACGGGGCAAGGCCAGCUGUGGGGACGUGGAUGUGCUGGUCACUCACCCGGAUGGUCGCUCUCACCAAGGUAUCCUCAGCCGCCUCCUAGACAGUCUUCGGAAGCAAGGAUUCCUGACCGAUGACCUGGUGAGCCAGGAGGUAAACGGCCAGCAGCAGAAGUACCUGGGCGUGUGCCGGCUGCCAGGGCCUGCACGGCGGCACAGGCGGCUGGACAUCAUCACGGUGCCCUACAGCGAGUUUGCCUGCGCCCUGCUCUACUUCACUGGCUCAGCGCACUUCAACCGCUCCAUGCGCGCCCUGGCCAAGACCAAGGGCAUGAGCCUGUCCGAGCAUGCGCUCAGCAGCGCUGUGGUCCGGAGCCCACGUGGCCUUAAGGUGGGGCCAGGCCGAGUGCUGCCCACCCCCACGGAGAAGGACGUCUUCAGCCUGCUGGGCCUGCCCUACCGUGAGCCCGCCGAGCGCGACUGGUGACCCGGGCUGGCUGGGCAGGCGGAAAUUUCUCCCACCACUCGGAGGAGGAGGAAGAGUCUGCCCAGCCUGCCUUCACUCCAGGAGAGUUUGGAUGUGGCUCCAGCCCUGUCUUGAGCUGGUUUCAAAAGAGCCGCGUCCCCAUCCCACGAAGGGGUCUGGCUGCAGGAGGGGAGUGGGCACCUGAGAACUAGCAUUGCCCUGGUCCCUGCUGAGUGGGAAAAUCAGCUACUUCCCUGGUUUCCUGUUCUCCCUGCUUCCUGCACAGCUGAAGCCAAGGGGUCCCCCUGGCCUGGCACAGGCAAGGCACAGGGGCCCAGUAAAGUGCACUUGACAUUCA